CACAUUAGUUUAAAUGAUAUAACAGCAAAUACAGAAAUAGUUUGUGGUGUUGUUACAUUAUUGCACCACUAGAUGGCACUCAAACUUCUUGAGUUGUAUAGAUGUGUAUAGGAAGGAGAGACGAGUGAGAAGAAUUACUGAGCGUGUGCAUGCAUGUUAAAAUGACCGAUAGUGCUGAUUAAUAAAGUGAAUAAGAAGGAUUAACAUUUCCAGUUUCUUGUCUUCAUGAAGACAUAACAUAGUUUUAAUGAUAUUACAGCAAAUACAGUAAGAAAAUACACUCUGGAGCUGCUUUAGGCAGACUAUAAACCAAUAUAUACUCCCUCACAUCUGUUACUAACAUGAGAGAAUAUUCAAUAACACACACACGAGUUAAAAGAAAUCGCUCAAAACAUCUACAUGUCAAUUUUAGAAUGGAGCUGAAAGUCUAAUGUAUAUAAUACUGAGACUGAGCUCACAUGUGAGUUUUAUUCGUUUCUCUUCUUGUAGAGUCUACGACUUUAUUGAUAAAUCUCACACCGAAUUUUUAUCAACGACAAUGAAAACCUCCAGACUUAAAUCACCUCAGCUGCUCUGCGCAGAUCGCGCGUCAACGGGAGCAGCGUGAUCUCGCGACACUUGGAUGUUUAACGCGAGCGGCUUAUUUAAUCGAACAGAUUCGUUUAAAUAAUACACUUAGUUCAAAAAAAUAAAGUCGCUAGAUGUUCUCUGCUUGUUAAACAUUUGACUCAUGCUUUCAGCUGUUACGAAUAGACAAAAAAUUCCAACUUAAACGAUUAUUGUAUUUUAUGUCUUUAUUUCAAUGGUUUAUUUUUAAGGCUCGCUUUGGUUUCCAUUGGUUACUAAUAUUGUCGAUGACGUCAGAGAUCAACGCAAACUUGUUGACAGCGCGAGCAACUGCAGGAGUUACUAGUCUGUUUUCGCGAUUACUUUUACAUUUGCGGUUUGCAAAGAAGUACCAUAAAUACUUUUUUUUAGUUUAGUAUUAAAGUAAGUAGGCUAGUUUGGUGUAGUUUCACAUCAUGGGACAAGUGAACUGUGGAUGCUUGGGCCACGAGACGCCAGAUCCGGAAUACAACCAAACACAGGAGCAGUGUUGGGAGCAAGAACAGAGAGGAGCACAGCGUCAAGAUGACUCCACACCGAAGUCAGGGAAGGGAUCCCGAGAUGCUUGUCCAUUGAGCAUCGAUACGUUGACACUUUCACCAUCUCCUCCACCGAUACAAGUCGCUCCAUGCCCACCAGCUUCAACAGCUGAGAGGGUAAAAUCCCGUCAUCCGUCAAGGCUGGAACCGUUGGUUGUACGUUUUGAUCCUCAACCCUCAACUGCAACACCUGAGAGAUCAGAGGUGAGACGUUCAAGGAGGAAACGGAUGAAAAGGGCUAAAAACAUGUAUCAUGAAGUGCCUAAACCGCUGGUGAUACGUGUUGAUCCUCAACCCGCGACUGCAUCACCUGAGAGAUCAGAGCAGAGAGUUUCAGCAAAUAAACUGAAGAAGGGUGACAAGAAAACGGAUCAUGAAGUGCCUGAACCGCUGGUGAGACAUUUUGCACCUAAACCAUCAACUUCAUCACCUGAGAGAUCAAAGAUGAGACGUUCAAGGAGGAAACUGACGAAGGAAGCUCAAAACAUGGAUCCUGAAGGGUUUCAUAGAUCUGCCUCACCCGACCGGAAUCCUGAACAGACGGAGGUGACAAAAUAUGAAGCUCCAACAGUGCCUGAACCGCUGGUCACGUCACAGUUUGAUCUCUUUAAACACCUGGUCCUCGUGGACAUUGAAGAUGAAGAUGAGGUGCAUAUCAUCUCUCCAUUUGGGCUGAAGGACACCAGACACAGGAGACCUAAGCCCAUCAGGAAAAAACAACCCAUGUUUAGUUGGAUGGAGGAGAACACAGAGAUGCUGGAGAGUGAAAGAUCAGGGAAGAAACCGAACAGUGGCAAAAAAACGGACCAUGAAGGAUCAUCCCCGUACAUCCCAUAUGAAUAUACCGAGGCGAUAUCACUGUCAGCACCUUCAUCACAGUCUGAUCUCAUCCUCAUGGACAUGAAUGAUAACAGCGAGUCUGAUGAGCCUGAGGUGGAGUUCAUCUCUCCAUUUGAGCUGAAGGACCAUAGACACAGAAGACCGAAGCCCGUGACAAAAGAUCAACCGAUGUUUUGUUGGAUGGAGAACACCGAAAUGCAGGAGAGUGAAAGUGAAAUGGAUGAAGUCCACCCAGAAGCUCCAGAGCAGCAGGAGACACCUGUGAAAAAAUCCCAUCCAGAGAGCAACACUGACAAACAACAAACCCUUCAGAAGGAGACAGACGCUCAUGAAAACAUCAUCAUGACAGGUCCUUAUGGUCCCGCUGGAGAAACCCAAGAUCACCUGAAUGGUCCAAAGAAGACAAAAGCUGCCAGCAAAACUAAAGGAUUAUUUGUUCUUCAUCACUGGGUUGAGAAAAAGACCAAAGAACGACGGGAGAAGAAAAUGAGAAAAGAAAGGGAAAUAACAGAAACACAGUUACUGCGGGAGAGAUACUUGAACAGUCCAGCAUUGAAGCAUUUGUGUGUUAAUAAGAACAACUCUAACUAUAUCCCCAUACUCCUUCUAUAACUUAUGUGCAAAAUAAUUAAGUUUAUGUGCAAAUAAUUAAGUUUAUGUGUGAUAAAAAAUAAGUAUGUGUGCAAAAAAAAUGAAGUAUAUGUGUUAAAAAAUGAAGUUUAUGUGCAAUAAAAAAUGAAGUAUAUGUGUUAAAAAAUGUGUGCAAAAAAAUUCUCUAUAUGUGCAAUAAAAUAAGUAUGUGCAAAUUUC